UCCUGCAUGGAUAGAUAAGUCCAAAAGCGGGAAGCUUCUUGACGCUACAUGAUGCGCCUCCAACAUGCCUAGAUAUUUUGCUCUCCUCCUGAUAUUCACCGUGUCUCAUGCUCAAGAUGAUGACUUCGAGUGGUUCCGCUGCGAUGCAUGCUCUGCCGCCUUCUUCAAGAUCAACAGGACUCUGGUUGAGAAGCAGCUUCUUCGCAGGGCAAGCGUGGCAAGCUAUGAGUUUUUGGAGAUUGUUGAUGAGGUAUGCGAGACUAUGUUUACCAAGCAUGAGUAUGGGGUCAAGCAACAUGAAGGCAAGAAGUAUCUCUUUGGUCCUGGCGUGACCGAUCACAUCCCAGGGCAAGGCUUUGGCCAGAUGGGAAUGGGCGAUUACGACAAGCGGAUGGCAUCAUAUUGCAAGAUGUUUGUCGAGGAAUUUGGCGAGGAGAAGCUGCAGCAACUGUUUUGGGAACAGAGGCAGAUCAACCACACCCAGCUCUGCUUCGAGGAGUGCCAGACAUCUGCAAGUGGAACUGGUGCUCAGUCAAAGACGCAAAGACGACCAAGGACUCGAAGUUCAGCGGUUGAGGAAAAGCCAAAGCCAAAGCCCAAGAAGCCGACGGCCAAGCCAGCGGAGCCCAUAGGAUCGAGCGCGAAUCUGGAGAAGGCGGGGAGAAGAAAAGAAGCUUCUGGCUUCCCUUCUCAACGUCUCAACUUCUCAACUCACGGAGCUGACCCUUCCAGACGCUGGCGCUGCUGCCCCAGUUCAGCGCCAGUCAGCUGCGGCACCUGGGGGAGGCUGUGCUGGCAGAGCUUGCUUCCAGAGCAACUGCAAGAGCCGAGCUUUGAGCCCGCUGGAACUCCUGAGACUUUCAGUCGAGGCGAAGCUCACAGAUGCCACGAGGAUGUAGAGGUCUGCCACGAUCGCGCAGCUGCCGGCCCGGCGACAGGAUCUGCACGUGCGCUCCACGAGGCCAGAACUUUUCAAUGAGCAUGCCAGUGAUUUCACCGUGAACUGUGAUGCACGGAGAGAGGUGA